CGUGAUCUCAGUUUCAAAAUGUCGGACAGCGAAGAAAGUGUACCGCCUUUGUCCAAAAAACAACGUGUAUUCACUCAAGUGCAGAAUGAUGGAUCUGGCGAUGAAAUGGAUGAGAUAUCAAGCACAACAAGCACCAAGGAAGAGGAGUCGUCGCGGAGUGACACACCCACGUUGGUGUCGCGAAGGAUGGGGAGUAUCGGGAGGAUGAAGAAGGGAUGGAAGAAGUGUAAGCUACAGUACAAGUGUACAAACUUCCUUAAGGAAGACCAUGGGCAGCCCAUAUUUGGUAUUCAGGUGAACAUGAAUGUCCGCGAUGGAGAGCCUGUCAUGUUUGCCACGACUGGCUGCAAUAGGGUCACCAUAUAUGAAUGUCUGGAUAACGGCAAGGUGAAGGUCCUUCAGGCAUACAUAGAUCCUGCAAAUGAUGAAAACUUCUAUUGCUGUGCCUGGUCCUAUGAUGAGGUGGGGCAGCCCCUGUUGGCGGCGGCCGGUCUGCGAGGGAUCGUACGGAUCAUCAGCCCUCUUGCCAUGCAGUGUAUCAAGCACUUUAUAGGCCACGGAAAUGCAGUGAAUGAAUUGAAAUUUCAUCCUCGGGAUCCCAACCUGCUGCUGUCUGUCAGUAAAGAUCACACGCUACGUAUCUGGAACAUCAAGACUGACCUGUGUGUCAUGAUCCUGGGCGGGGUCGAUGGACACCGAGACGAAGUGCUCAGUGCGGACUUCAACAUAGACGGGUCCCGCAUCGUGUCGUGUGGAAUGGACCACUCCCUGAAGAUGUGGAAGAUUGACACAGAGAUGUUCCGAGAUGCAGUCCUGGCGUCCUACAAUUACAACCCUGGAAAAAAUAACUUACCAUUCCCAACAGUCUCCAACCAUUUCCCCGACUUCUCUACACGGGACAUUCACCGGAACUAUGUGGACUGUGUGAAGUGGCUCGGAAACUUUGUUCUUUCAAAGUCGUGUGAGAACAGCAUCAUCUGCUGGAAGCCUGCGAGUCUGGACUACACUGACACCAACAUCAAGGCCUCUGACAACACCGUGUCCAUCCUACACAGGUUCGAGUACAGGGAGUGUGAGAUCUGGUACAUGCGCUUCUGUCUCGACUACUUUCAGAAGAUAAUGGCGUUGGGAAACCAGGUGGGAAAGAUCUUUGUGUGGGACCUGGAUGUUGAAGACCCAACGCUAUGCAGAUUUACAAAAUUGUCUCAUGCGAAGUGUACUGUCGCCAUACGUCAAACAGCCCUCUCAAAAGAUGGAAACAUCCUAUUGGCUGUCACUGAUGAUGGAAUGAUGUGGAGGUGGGACAGAAUCAAGUGAAUAGCCAAUCAAAGCUGCUUAUACCAAAGGGAGACCACUCUGGAUCAACACAUCAAGUUGCCAAGCAACCAUGAAAGAGAAGACAUACUGAUACAAAACUAUUGAACAUAGGUUAAUGUGUUCUACCAUGAAUCAUGGCUAAUAAUCUUAGUGCAUUGGAAACAAAUCUUUGGCAAUGCAGGCUUACAAUUGUUGAUAGUAAGAAUUUGGAAAAUGAAUGUUGCUUAGACAUGGUUAAAGAGGGACCAGAGCAGGGUCAAUUCGGUUGUGUUAAAGUUGAUUCAGUCAUUUAAAACCUGAUAUUCUUUGCAGGAAAACUAGUACUUUUAAACAUGGCAUGAAAGGUUAACUGGUAUGAAAGAAUUGGGUGGUCCUUAAAGUUUUGUUAGGGCUAAAAAAAUCAAAGAAUUGGUUCUCAGGCAAUGGCUUUUGAAAAUAUUGGUGGGGGGGGGGGGCUUUUUUUUAAAACUAGUAUGCUACCAAAUAAACAGCCUCCCUACAAUAACAUUUUCCUUGAUAAGUAAAAUACUGGAAUACAGAAUUUGACUACCGUUGGCCGGCAAUGAGCUUUGAUUUUAUCUCACAUGGCGAAAACAUUAUCUUGGGCACACAAGACAAAGAUGCAUGUCAACUGACAUGUACUGACAUGUACUGAAGUAUGCCAGUUCGUCCUAUUAUUACAAUAUCUGGCUUUAAAAGUGUUCAUUGUGUAUCUGGACAUACGUUUGUAAUCCAUAUUAUUACUUUUCUCCAUGGUUUCGAGCAUUAGUUGUUCGAGAUACACAGUUUGAAUUUGUAAAUCAUCAUGUCGAGGGAUGUUUUAUCGUAAAUUUCAUUGACUAGAUUUGCAAACGGCAAAGAAGCACACAGACUCCUAUUGCCGCCAUGAUCAUUAUAUGAGGUGUGCAGUAAAGCAGUGCACAUGUAAAGGGAAGUAACUGCCUGCUGCAUUGGAUCGCAACUGUGCCUGAGAACCAAGACUUAUUUGUUUUAGCCUUAGUGGUAUAUACUAAGCUACCACUAAGUUUUAUUAAAACAUUUCCUUGAGUUUCAUCAGAUCCAGGUCCCCCUGUAUUAUAUGUGUGGGAUCAGAGCGAACCUGUGGGAAAGUAGAGAGAACAACUUUGUUUUUGAUGUGUCGGUGCUGAAGACGAUUGUCUGGGGUGUUGUUUUAUAUGCCAUCAUGACCUGUGCAGAAUCUCAGGACUUGCAUCUGUACAAACUCAUUUUUGAACACAUUGUUUUCAGAUCAUUUUAAAGAUAUUUUUAUCAAAUAAGGCCAUUAUUUUGUUUGUUUGUUGGAUCAUGGAGCUGACCUUAAUCCGUUAUGAAAAUAUACAAUAAUCAAAUUAAACACCUUUUUUUUCGUCAUCAAGACACACACCAGAAUAUUUUUGUAAUGCACUUUUUUAUAUUAAAAAAUGAUCAAAUAAAUGCUGAAUUGGAUAUUCAUGUUACCAAAUCAUCAUUCACAACUGAUUCUUUGCACAAGAAAUCUAGCGUUCUGUCCCUUGUCCUUGAUACACUGUCUUGGCCAAAGUUAACUGCCUUAAUUUUCAGAGAAAAGCAAACAUUUCCACACUUAAUAAGUUUAGAAGUCAAAGGUAUGUAAGUUGAGUCUGAAGUCCAUUUCUUUCCUCCUCUGACUUGAAACAGCUGUGAUCCAACUACAUCAUAAUUGAUGACCUUUUCUCAUUACAUCUGACUGCAACCUUUGCUGAAUACAAUGUCUGUGUCAAUUGUCAUUGUAUGUGUCAUUUCUGAAAUAAUUGGCAUUUCGACACAAACAAAUAUGAUCAUUACACCUUGAAAAUAUUGGAGGUGGAUGUACUUUAAAAUAUGAAUUUGUAUUAAGCCAGAAAAUAUUGAUGUAUUAUGAGGUUCACUGUUGAUAGUUGAACACCUGUCCAACCAACCUUUUGCAACAUUAAUGCCCCAAAUUAUAAAAUAUUCACGUUCUGCCGUCAUCAUACAGUAGAAAGCACCUGUCCUGGUGUUAGUGGACAUCCUCGACCAACUUCUCGAGGCAAGAGAGUUAACUGACAUUAAAAGUCCAGUUUCCACCCUUGCUGAACUAGGCUUGAAUUCCUGGGCGCCACCAGUGGCUAUUACAUGUACCAGUUAUGUCCGUUCUAAGCCUCUCCUAUUGACCAAUCAGAUCCCCCCUCUCGUGUAACUUGCAUUUGCUUCAAACAAAAUGGCAGCGCCCAGUCUAUACAAUCAGAUUAAUCAUCAAAAUCUAUUUAGUGAUAAAACGGGUCUUCCAUCACAAAAUGCAUCAACUCAAGUGAGCACCUUGAAUAAAAACAUGAAAGGGAUUUGGUAUAUAUCUGCUGACGAGUUAGUGGUGCACAUGCUUUGCAAAUCCUGCAAUCGACCAAAAUCUGCACGACAGUUUACGAACCGGAUUUUGGUUUCAUUGCGCGAUUCUGAUUGGACUAUGCAUAGACUUGUUAGUCCAGCCGAAAUGCAACUCCAUAAUACCAGCCUAGUUCGGCAAGGGUGGAAACUACUUUUAUAGUCAGUUAACUCUCUUGUCUCAGGAAGAUGUCCCUCAACAGAAUAACAAAUGUCACACAGUGUAUAUAUUUGUACAUACAUGAAGCUCUUGCUUGUUUUUAGUGUCAUACAAGUCAUUCAUUUCUUUGUUGGUGCCUGGAACUAAACUGCCUGUACCACAUACCCUAAGUCCAUUAAUGUCCUAUAAAAAAACAUGCUCGGGUUGAAUCUACCCUGGCUUGACCAAAGCACCAAAAGAAAUAAUUGCCUGUCUGGUCAAUUGUAAGGAAUAAAUAAAUAUUUUUAAAAACUUAUGCAAGUGCCUUUGAUAAGAAUAAAUUCUUCCUCAAUUCAACCUCAGCUGUUCAAACCUUCAGACUAAAUAUAUCCUGCCACUCAGUCAAGGAUUUUCGGAAUGUCCCAGAUAGUUUAUGUCCAGGCUUUCAACUGAUUUCAUUACAUGAACAUGUCGUGCCUUGUAUUUGAUGACAAUAAAAGGGCACAACCAUCUGCAA